AUGGGUUUGAGCACGAUCAUAUGUAUUGGGAUGGCCGGGUCCGGCAAGACGACCUUCAUGCAGAGGCUGAAUUCUCACUUGCGAGCAGAGAAAACGCCACCAUACGUAAUCAAUCUCGAUCCUGCAGUGUUGAGAGUUCCUUAUGGUGCCAACAUCGACAUCAGAGACUCCAUCAAGUACAAGAAGGUGAUGGAGAACUACCAACUAGGGCCUAACGGAGCCAUCGUCACCAGUCUAAACUUGUUCAGCACCAAGAUUGACCAAGUGAUCAAGCUGGUGGAGCAGAAGCAGGACAAGUUCCAAAACUGCAUCAUUGACACCCCGGGUCAGAUCGAAUGUUUUGUUUGGAGUGCUUCCGGUGCCAUCAUUACCGAAUCCUUCGCCUCCAGCUUCCCCACGGUGAUUGCCUACAUCGUGGAUACGCCCAGAAACUCAUCUCCAACUACAUUCAUAAGUAACAUGCUGUACGCCUGUUCCAUUCUGUACAAGACCAAGCUACCCAUGAUCGUGGUUUUCAACAAGACCGAUGUGUGCAAGGCUGACUUUGCUAAGGAGUGGAUGACGGAUUUCGAGAGCUUCCAAAGGGCCAUAAAAGAGGAUCAAGACUUGAACGGUGACAAUGGGCUGGGUUCCGGCUACAUGAGCUCAUUGGUCAAUUCCAUGUCACUGAUGCUGGAAGAGUUCUAUUCGCAGCUGGACGUCGUCGGUGUCUCCAGUUUCACCGGUGAUGGGUUCGACGAGUUCAUGCAAUGCGUCGACAAGAAGGUCGAUGAAUAUGACCAGUACUACAAGCAGGAACGUGAAAAGGCAUUGAGUCUAAAGAAGAAGAAGGAAGAGCUGAGAAAGCAAAAAUCACUGAAUGGGCUGAUGAAGGACCUAGGGCUAAACGAGGGGGACAGUGCUGCUGCAAAUAAAACCGCCAACGACAACGACAGCAUAGAUGCAAUUAGCGAUCUCGAAGAGGACGCUAACGAUGGCCUUGUAGACAGAGACGAGGACGAAGACGUUGAGCGGGAGUACACAUUCCCAGGCGAAGAAAGAACAAAGGGCGAGGUCAACGAAAACUCUGCUCCAGACCUACAAAGAAGAUACCAGGAAUCUAUGCAACAAGCAGGAAAAGCGGUCAGUAGCGAAACUGCGGAAAAUAUCGCUAAGUACAUUAGGAACUAA